AUGGUUUCUUUCAGACUCGUACAACUUGUGACAAUCGUCAUCUGCAUAUACGCUUGCAUGGAUACCCAAGCUCAAGUUACCACUGGUGCUUUGAAACUCAACGAGGCACCUUCGAAGGCUCCUCCACAGUUGGGAAUAAACGCGGGCAAUAAAACCAAUGGGGCUAACACCGCCCCGAAAACCAAUCAAGCUCCCGUACUGCCUGGUGCCAAGCAACCAGGCCAAACCCCUUCAAAACCAACAAACACUUCAAAUCAGAAGUUACAACAGGCCACCAAGCCGAGUGGGCCGGAGAGCUCGAAACCCAAGGCAGCCACCGGGGCUGUUAGUCCUGGCAAGAAUCCAAGCCAGAGCGAAGACGACAAAAAGCCAGCUGGAGCCGAAGGACUCGUCAAACGAGAAGUUUAUUCACCCCGAAACUUUCUCUGGAAGCGCUCAGAUUUCCCAGCGAUCGAAAAUCACCCAAUUUCUCCCAAAGAAGAUAAGUCCAUGAAGAAACACGAUAGUCAUCCGGGCUCGAGCUCCGGAGAUGAAAACCACAAGGUAGGAAAAACAAAUGCCAGCCUAAGCGGCGGCGGUGUCAAUACUAAAUCGGGCGACAAGAAUCAUUCAAGCGAAGGGAAUGUAGAUAAGAAGCUGGAUGGAUUUAGCGGUGGCCUCAAGAGACGCAAAAUGAUGUCUAAGAUGGGUGGAGGCGGCAUGCCUUCCAUGGGCGGGGGCGGAAUGCCUGGAGGUGGCGGCGGAGGCUUAAAAUCAAUGAUGGGCGGAGCCGGCGGAGGUAUGCCUUCCAUGGGCGGCGGUGGAAUGCCUGGCGGCGGUGGUGGUGGAGGCUUGAAAUCAAUGAUGGGUGGAGCCGGUGGAGGUUCUCCCGGUGGCGGUAUGCCUUCCAAGGGCGGCGGUGGAGGUUUGAAAUCAAUGAUGGGUGGAGCCGGCGGAGGCUCGCCUGGUGGCGGAAUGGGGGGCUUGAAAUCGAUGACGGACGGUGCCGGCGGCGGAGGUGCAUAA